GCUUUGAUGCGCGGACUAUAUUUUGGACCUGUCGUGUGCUACUGUUUAAAGUGCCCAUGCGCAUCAUUUUAUAGUAGCAUAUAAAUGACUGGUUUCCUACGGCAUUUAUACUAAUUCAACUAUUAACCUUUUCAUUUUUCACCAAAUGUUACCUGGAUUAUACAUGUGAAAGUUGCCAUCAAUUUUUUACAACGCAUAUAUACAAUAUUAGAAAUAUAACAUCAUGGCGGGAAAGAAACUGCCGAAAGAAGCAGAUGCGGCAUUUGACAAGUACACACAAAAUUUUGUACGCCGUCUUCACAAGCCACAAGCUCUGACGAUGUUUGAAACCGAAUACAAGCUCAGUGCAGAAGAAGCAAGUCUAGUGUUCGACAUGUUUGACAAAGAUUACAACGGAGAACUCAGUUAUUGGGAGUAUAAACAGUUUUACUUUACAGUGGGUGAAGACAUUAAAGAUAUUCUUGCAACAUUCAAGGAAAUCGAAAAGGAUGGGACUGGUCAAGUUGACAUUGAAAAAUUAUGGGACAAAUUAAAAGCCAUGAAAACUUCUUCUGGGAGAAAUUUUGAAGAGACAGAACUUGAACAGUUAAUCAAGGCUUCAGCUGGAGAUGAAAAACAAAUAGACGUUAUUAAAUUUGUGAAUUUAAUUUGCAGGAUGAAACAAUUCCGAGGAUAAGUUAUAUACAUUUGCCAUAAAGUGUUCGCAUCUUUAUUGAUUCGUAACCUUCAAUGAGGAUUUAGUUGAAAGGAAAGUUCAGUUCAAUUCCUAGGAGUUUAACUAACACUGAAUUUGAAAGCUUUUACAUGUUUUGAUUGUCGUGUGCACAUACUACAAGUGUUAACCAAGACAAAUCAUACACGGAAUUAUAAGUUUAACGCAUUUAAAGCCAUUCUUUUUUUAUCUAUUUAGAAAGGUUAUAAAAAUGUGCAAGAUACAUACAUAUUAACACGCAAUACAACAAAUUCUUGUUAUAAUAUUUCAGCUUGAACUGUUUCCACCUAAUUCAUCAAUCUUGUUGACAAAUGCAAUAUGUAAAAUAAGGUUUACAUAUUACACGUAUUAUCUGUAUAAGAUUUUUGAAUAUUCAGUCUUUUGUUAAUUGUUUAAAAGUAUUGUAUAUUUUUGUUUUACUGUUAGAGUUACCAAAGGCAUAAACAAGUUUAAAUAA